CUUCAUAAACGCGAAAUUUCCUUCUGCAAACUACGAACAAAGAUGAUUUUCAAAGUCCCGCCGCACCUUCUCUCUCUCCUCAUCCUCUUCCUCUCUCUUUGCCGCACGUCGCUCGCCCUCCGGCGGGACCCGGAGGCCGCCGAGGUCCUGCGGUGCCUGGACGAGUGCAACGACGAGGACGUGCAGGAAUACAUCGCGUGCCACAAAGAGUGCGAGCUCCGAUACCGGGAGCGUGAGGAGAGGCGAGAAGAGGAGGAGAGACCUGGAAGCCGAGAGCUCGACCCCCGGUGGAGGAGCCGUCGCGGCCGCGGCGGAGAGGGUGGUGGAGGCGAGUGGGAGCCAGAGGGCCCCGGCCGUGAGCGGGAACCGGCGAGGGGCCCCCGGGCCGAGUAUGACCAGUGCCGGCGGCUGUGCGAGCCAUUCAAGCGGCGGGAGAGGGAGCAGUGCUGGGAGCAGUGCGAGGAGCGGGAGAGGGCACGGGAGAGGCGGCGGGACAGGGAGAGGGAGCGUGAGGUCGACAGCGGAGUCUGGGAUCCUCCGGCGGAUCCCUCUCGGUAUGAACGGUGCGAGCACGCGUGCGAGAGGCAGGCCGGGGGCCAGCAGAGGCAGCUGUGCAAAUUUAGGUGUCGGCAGGAGAGAGAGCGGGAGGAGAGGGAGAGACCUGGAGGAGGAGAUGUUAAUCUCUCCUUAGCCACUACGACCGAAGAUCCGCAGCAACAGUUCCGACACUGCCGGCGAAGAUGCGAGCAACAGCACCACAGAGAACCGCAGCGCGAGCAGUGCCGGCAAGAAUGCGAACGGCAGUUCCGGGAGCAGCGACGGGGUAAGAGAAACCCUCUAGAACAAGAAGAGGAGGAGGAGGAAAUGGGAGAGUGGAGGGACAAUCCGUACUACUUCCAUUCGCGGAUGCUCCGGAGCCGGUUCAGAUCGGAAGAAGGUCAAAUCAGAGUGCUCGAGCGGUUUGACAGGAGGUCCGACCUCCUCAGAGGCCUUAAGAACUAUCGUCUAGAGAUCUUCGAGGCGAACCCCAACACGUUCGUGUUGCCUCACCACAUCGAUGCCGAUUGCAUUCUCGUUGUCUUGAAGGGUGAAGGGACUAUAACUUUGGUGGGGCAAGAAAAGAGAGAGUCCCACCACUUGGAGCGCGGCGACGUAAUCAGAGUUCCCGCUGGAACUACCGUUUACUUUGCCACUGGCAGCGGAUGCGACGAGCAAGUUCUGAUCGCCAAGCUAAUUCAGCCCGCUAAUACUCCCGGCAAAUUCGAGGAAUUUUACCCUGUCGGUACCGAAAACCCGGAAUCAUACUAUACGGUCUUCAGCAGCGAAAUCCUCGAGAGUUCAUUGGGAACAUCAAUAGACCAAAUAGGAAGGCUGUUCGGGCAACAGAGGCAGGGCGUGAUCAUAAGAGCCAGCGAAGAGCAACUGCAGGCACUGAGCGAACACCGUGGCAAGUCGAAGAAGAAGAAAGGACACGGCUCGAAUGGUCCGUUCAAUCUGCUGGGACAGAAGCCGAUCUAUUCCAACGAGUUCGGCCGGUUCUUUCAAGCCUCGCCCGAAGAGUUCAAGCAACUUCAGGACUCGGGCGUCUCUGUGACUUUCGCGGAAGUUAACCAAGGUUCGAUAAUGGUGCCGCACUAUAAUUCAAAGUCGAUGACGGUGGUGCUUGUGGUGGAAGGAUACGGAUGGUUCGAGAUGGCUUGCCCUCACCUAGGGCGAGCAAGGCGGAGGUGGUGGUCGGUUGGAGGGAGAGAACAAGAGGAGGAGGAGGAGCAAGGAGGCGGUGCAAGAUACGAAAAGGUAACAUCCCUACUGUCACCUGGCGACGUUUUCGUUAUCCCAGCGGGUCACCCAAUCGCUAUCGCCGCAGAGCAGGACGGGAACCUGAGCAUGGUUGGGUUCGGAAUCAAUGCUCGCGAGAACCAGCGAAUCUUCCUCGCGGGGAAAGAGAACAUGAUCAACCAGAUGGACAGAGAGGCCAAGGAGUUGUCCUUCGACAUCCCCGCACGAGAAGUGGAUCGCGUUUUCGGGAACCAGGAGGAGUCCUACUUCGUGUCCUCGCAGCCACAACCUCGGACCAAGCGGAGAGAGCACCGCGAACCCGAAGGAUCACGACAACACCAACAGAGCGAGCGGAUGGACAGAGGUGACAUCGUAGGGUCGGAAGGAUCGCCGACUUCGUCGCCUGUGGCGCCGAUACUGGACUUGGCUGGCCUUUUCUGAGGAGGAAGUAGCAGGAACUAGAGAAGGUUUUGGCCUUCUUUUCUUCUUCUUGUGCAGGGAGAAGAUCCGAAUGUAUGUAAAGAGAGAGUUGAAACUUUGAGCUAUGUUGAGGAAGAAGCAGUAGCAGCUGCCAAAUUGUUCAUAAAUAAAAGCCAAGCUGAACUUGGUA